UUUGAAUGAUUCUUUCAGAAUACGUUAUAUUUUUUACGAAGUGUGAGAAUUCCGAUUUUUUCGAGAAGUACUUUUCGGCAGCGGAUCACAUAGUCGAACACGAGAAAAAAGGAACUUGACUAAAGCACGAGCGAGUGGCUUCCUUUGCGCCGUGCAUGCGGAGCCCGAACGCCCCCGCGCGCUGCCUCCGCCCGAGGUGUGAUGAGGAGUAGUGAUGGCUCCAGAGAGGUCUCACCGAGGGUAGGAUGCUGACGGAGGUGCUAAGCCGGGUGGCGGUGCUCUCGCAGGGCGUGGCCCGCUCGCUGGGGGUCAUGUGGCCCCACGCGGAGAGCGAGGACCCCGCGGCGGGCGAGUGCGCGCCGCGGUGGACGAGUCCCACGGACAUGGCGGCGCUGGGCAGCGUGGUGUGCGUGCCACCCUCGCCGCGGACGCUGUCGGCGCCCCCGCCCCACUCGCCGCCCCCACCCUCCGCCCGCCGCUACAACGCUGGCGACAAAGACUGUGAUAUCGUGCGUGCGGGUAUCCCGUGCUGCUAUAUGGACGAUGACUCGGGCGUGGGCGACCCCGCCGCCGCGCCCGCAUCGCUGGCGCCCCAGACCACCGCGGGGCACCUGCAGCUGCCCUUGACGGAGCUGCGCUGUGACAGUGACAAUGACAGUGGCCUGGUCAGCUGCGGCGACAGCGACCACGCGCAGAGCCACGACACGGGGGACACGCCCGUGCCGCCGCCCUUCCUCCUCUGUGAUAGCGAGCCGCCGCUGUUGGCGCAGCCGCCCUCCGACUCGCCCGUGCCCUUCCGUCCGGACUUCGACCACGUGGUGGCGGCGCCGCGCGCGGGCACGCCCCCCGCCUUCACGCGCGACCACCUGUGGCCGUCGCCGCGCGACAGCCGCUACGAAGACCAGGGCUUCGGCGACCUGUCGAGGCGGGACCACGCGGCCCUCAGCGACCUGGAUCAGCACGAGCCGGCGGUGUUCAACGAGCCCGCGAGCCCCGUGGCCGCCCGCAACGCCAGGAACGCCCUCUUCCACGAGAGCUCCAAGUGCGCGCCCGACAGACACGCCAACCGCUACUUGAGCCCCAACAGUGCCAACCGGAAGUGGCGCGAGCGGAGAAGUAGCGGCGAGGCCGAGGCCGAAGACGCGGGCGUGGGCUUCGUGGACAACUUCCAGUACCCGCCGCCGCCCGCCGCCGCCCACAACCCCUUCGACGCCACCUUCCAUCGUGCCGUCAAGCAGAGGCGCUUCCGAGCCAAGAAGGAAGCGGAUGGCGACUACAAUGGCACCCACGAGAUCGAGCUGUGCGAGGUGGUCCCUGAGGGCCACGACAAGGCCGACCCGAGCCAGUUCGAACUCCUCAAGGUGCUCGGCCAGGGGUCCUUCGGGAAGGUGUUUCUGGUGCGUAAGAUAACUGGUCAGGAUGCUGGUACACUGUAUGCCAUGAAGGUGCUAAAGAAGGCAACACUGAAGGUGCGGGACAGAGUACGAACCAAGAUGGAACGUGAUAUUUUAGCUGAUGUUAACCACCCGUUUGUGGUUAAGUUGCACUAUGCCUUCCAGACUGAAGGAAAGCUUUACCUUAUCUUAGAUUUCUUAAGAGGAGGAGAUCUGUUCACUAGACUAUCAAAAGAGAUUAUGUUCACAGAAGAGGAUGUUAAAUUCUAUUUAGCUGAAUUAGCAUUAGCACUAGAUCAUCUACAUUCACUUGGCAUUAUAUACAGAGAUUUAAAACCUGAAAACAUUCUACUAGACGCAGAUGGUCACAUAUCCCUCACAGACUUCGGCCUGUGCAAGGAGGCGCUGGACGACAAAAAAGCGUAUAGUUUCUGUGGCACUGUUGAGUACAUGGCACCUGAGGUGGUCAACCGCAGGGGGCACAACACUGCUGCAGAUUGGUGGUCCUUUGGUGUUCUUUUGUUUGAGAUGUUAACAGGUGCACUACCAUUCCAAGGAGCUAACAGGAAAGAGACCAUGACCCUUAUUUUGAAAGCGAAGCUGGGAAUGCCACCGUACCUGAGUCCAGAGGCCCAGUCUCUCCUCCGGGCGCUCUUCAAGAGAAAUCCGGCAAACAGAUUAGGUGCAGGUCCGGAGGGAGUGGAGGAACUGAAGCGUCAUCCCUUCUUUGCGUCCAUUGACUGGGUCAAAUUAUAUAAUAAGGAUUGUGAACCGCCAUUCAAACCUGCAGUCUCAAAAGCAGAUGAUACAUUCUACUUUGAUCAAGAGUUCACCACAAGGACACCAAGAGACUCACCAGGAGUGCCACCUAGUGCCAAUGCUCACCAGUUGUUCAAAGGAUUCAGUUUUGUGGCACCGUUCUUAUUAGAAGAUCAGUUAGAUGGUAUAGAAAUGAUACAGUCACAUGCUAUAGAAAAAUCAUCACCUCUAAGCAAGAGAUUAUCUGGAGUUAAACCCAAUAGCAUUCACGACGAGUACCUUCUGUGCGAGGAAAUCGGCCGGGGAAGCUACAGCGUGUGCCGGCGUUGCAUGCAUCGCUCCACCAGGAUAGAGUACGCUGUCAAAGUCAUUCCCAAGAAGACCAGAGAUUGCCAGGAGGAGAUCGAGAUACUCUACAGAUACGGGCAUCAUCCCAACAUCAUAUCUUUAAGAGAUGUAUAUGAAGAUGACUCGCAUGUGUACCUGGUAAUGGAGAUGAUGACUGGGGGGGAGCUCUUAGACAAAAUCCUUCGCCAGAAGUUCUUCUCAGAAAGGGAAGCCUCAGCCGUGUUGCUGACUCUAACCCGCGCCGUCCAGUACCUGCACCAGAAUGGGAGGAGGCUCAUGAAU